GACACAUCCUGGUCCAUCCUAAGCUUUCUUGGGAACAAGAGAGAUGGCAUCACUAUCCUCAAUCAACACCCUCAUUCUAUUGUCCAUCCACCUCCUAGUCUUCCUGAGCAGCCCCUUGACCACCACCUGCAUCAAAACACCCCAAGAAACAGAGCAGCAGCAGCAGCAGCAGCAGCAGAAGCAGGCACUCCCACCGGAAGGGGAAGGGGUAGUAUCUCAGGACUCAGAAUCAGACAGGGUCAUAAAUCUCCCAGGGCAGCCUUCAGCCCCCUCCAUCUCUCACUUCUCAGGCUAUAUCACAGUAAAUGAGGCCCAUGGGAGGGCCCUCUUCUACUGGUUCUUUGAGGCCCAGUCUCAACCUUCACAGAGACCUCUUCUUCUCUGGUUCAAUGGAGGGCCUGGUUGUUCAUCGGUCGGGUACGGCGCUGCCGUCGAAUUGGGGCCCCUCAGAGUAGACACCAACGGGACUGGCCUUCUCUACAACAAACAUGCUUGGAAUCAAGAAGCGAAUCUGCUGUUCGUGGAGUCGCCAGUUGGAGUCGGGUUCUCUUACACCGACACAUCUUCUGAUCUGUCCAUGCUGGAUGAUGCCUUUGUUGCUGAAGAUGCAUACAGCUUCUUAGUGAAUUGGCUUCAAAAGUUCCCACAGUUCAAGACCCAUGAUUGCUUCCUUGCUGGAGAAAGCUAUGCAGGUCACUAUGUUCCUCAGCUAGCUGAGCUGAUCUACGACAGGAACAAAGACACGGCUAAGUACACACCAAUCAACCUUAAAGGCUUCAUUGUAGGGAAUCCAGAAACGAAUGACUACUAUGACUACAAGGCCGUGCUCGAGUAUGCAUGGAGCCACGCUGUGAUCUCGGACCAACUCUACCACAAAUGCAAGCGAGCCUGCAAUUUCACAGUCUCCGACUGGUCUGACGAGUGCAACGAGGGCAUGAACACCGUGUUCACGACCUACCAGCAAGAGAUCGACAUCUACAACAUCUACGCCCCGACAUGUCUCCUCAACUCCUCCUCAGCAUCUUCUUCUCUGUCUCACAGAAGUGAAAGCCACUUCGAGCCGCUCACCAAGGUGAAUGGAUACAGUUCGAGGACGAUGAGAAUCCCAGGAGGGUAUGAUCCAUGUUUCACUCAGUAUGCAGAGAUGUACCUCAACAGACAAGACGUUCAAUCUUCUCUCCACGUGAGGACAGUCAACUCCAACACCAUCAGCUGGAAGGCGUGCAAUCAAUCCUUGGGAAAUACGUAUAGCUACUCGGUCUUCUCAGUACUGCCAAUCUACACCAAGCUCAUCAAGGGUGGGCUCAAGAUAUGGGUGUACAGCGGCGACACGGAUGGGAGAGUGCCGGUGAUCGGGUCGAGAUACUGCGUAGAAGCUCUCGGGCUGUCUAUUAAAUCGCCCUGGCGCUCGUGGUACCAUGAUCAUCAGGUUGCGGGGAGGAUGGUGGAAUAUGAGGGAGGAUUGGCAUUAGUAACAGUAAGAGGUGCUGGUCACUUGGUGCCUCUGGACAAGCCCAGUGAGGCCCUUGCUCUCCUUCACUCUUUCUUGACCGGUCAAGAUCUCCGCAGGCAGAGAUAAAAAAAUUUAUUCUUUUUAUCCUGCUAUUUUUCAUUUUCCCUGUGGGACAGAGUUAAAAAAAUAAAAUAAAAUGUGUCUGAUUUUCAUAUAUUUUGAAAGGAAGUGAUGGUAAUUUCUACUUUUGCAUUGA